AUGGUCCCCUACAGAGAUAAUGGACACUUGACAAGGCAACAGAUCAGAUUUAAUGAAGCUCUGUCAAGCCAGCGCCAAGUAAUUGAACGUGCAAUUGGGCUUCUAAAAGGGCGAUGGCGCAAAUUACAGUAUCUUAACCUGCUGAGUGUCAAGCACAUGACCAUUUUUAUCAUGGCAGCCUGUGUCUUACACAAUUUUUGUCUCAUUAAUGAUGAUUUUGAUGAGGCGUACUUUCUUCGCAAUGAUGAUGACGAUGAUGAUGACAGUGAUGUUGAUCACUCCUUAGGAAGAGUUUGCAGGCAGGCAGAGCAGAAGAGAGCUCAUAUUACAAAUCUGUUGUAA